AUGGAAGUCGGCCAAAGCACAGCUUCCGCCAACGAGGGCGAUAUGGGUUUUCAUAACAAGAACACGGUUCUUACUCUAUUUUACUGCUGGGGGCCCUCGAAACCUCCGAUGCAGAUGUCGACGAACGAAGCCGUCGAGUGGAAUGCGCAUAUGCAGACUCCUGUGAUAUUUAACCACCACGAACCUCUGGUGGUAAACGAAUCGACGAUAACACGAGUCGACCUCAACGCAAUCGAGUCAACAAGGAACGCAGCGACGAAUGAAGAACGGGUUCUUAUUUUGACGCCGCUUCGUGAUGCCGCCCCUUUCCUUCCACAAUAUUUCGAUCUGCUCUCAGCGUUAACCUACCCUCAUCAUCUGAUAGACCUUGGCUUUCUGGUGGGCGAUUCAUCUGACGACACGCUCGCAGUACUUGCCUUGGAGCUGAAACGUAUUCAGAAGUCUGGUGACAGCUUGAUUAAGCCUUUCAACAGCGUAAUCAUAGUCGAAAAGGACUUUGGGGCCAGCACAUCUCAAACGGUUGAAGAGAGACACGGUUUCGCUGCCCAGGCUCCACGGCGCAAGAUUAUGGCCAGAGCGAGGAACUAUCUGCUUAGUGCAGCGUUAAAACCAGAACACUCAUGGGUGUACUGGAGGGACAGCGAUAUCAAAGACAGCCCGGCCAAAAUAAUCGAGGACUUCACAGCACACAAUCGUGAUAUUAUCGUUCCAAAUGUCUGGUUCCAUCGCUACAAGGACGGCAAAGAUAUCGAAGGCAGAUUCGAUUACAAUUCUUGGGUAGACUCGGACAAAGCGCGUAAAUUGGCUUCUACGCUUGAUAAAGAUACAAUUAUUGUGGAAGGUUACAAAGAAUUUGUAACCGGACGUACUUAUAUGGCUAAAAUGGGUGACUGGCGGCGCAAUAAGGAUGAAGAAUUGGAAUUAGAUGGUAUUGGGGGUGUAAAUAUAAUUGUAAAAGCUGAUGUACAUCGGUCGGGUAUUAACUUCCCCGCAUACGCAUUUGAAAAUCAAGCCGAGACCGAAGGUUUCGCGAAAAUGGCCAAGAGAGCAGGUUACGAGGUCAUUGGAUUACCAAACUAUGUUGUCUGGCACGUAGAUACGGAAGAGAAGCCGGGUAAUGCCUAG